AUGGCCUAUACCACACUAUGGAAACGACUUUCGUCGCGUCAGCUGAAUGCUGCUAUUCACAUAUUUUCGCUGAUAUCGAUCUUCUUCGAGGGAUAUGACCAGGGUGUGAUGGGUGGCGUUAACAGCUCACCGAAAUAUGUGACAAAGGUUGGCAUCGGUAAACCUGAUGGGACAGUGACCAACACCACUCACCAGGGUGGCAUUGUCAGCAUCUAUUACCUGGGGGCGAUAUUCGGUUGUUUUGCCGGCGGGUGGCUUGCAGAUCGAGUUGGUCGGAUCAACGGCCUACUCGCUGGAUCAUUAUUUGCAUUGGUUGGGGGCGCCCUGCAGGCGGGUGCACAGGAUUCGAACUGCAUGCUGUGUGCCAGAGUGGUCACGGGGAUUGGGACCGGAGCCUUGACUGGCAUUACCCCAGUGUUAGUGUCGGAAACCUCUUCCGCGGACCGUCGAGGUGGCUUCCUGGGAUAUGUUUUCAUUGCCAAUUAUCUAGGAAUCUCCGUCGCAUACUGGAUCUCCUUCGGCCUCGCUUUCGUCGAUAACGGUUACUCGGACGUACGAUGGCGCUUCCUUCUUGCAUUCCAGUGUUUCCCUGCACUUAUCCUAGUUGUCUUCAUCAAAAUGUUACCGGAUAGCCCCCGCUAUCUGGCCUCUGUGGGGCGGAAUGAUGAAGCUCGAGACCUUUUGAAUCGUAUUCGCGCAGACUGGGCCUCCCAAGACGAUAUCGACCAAGAAUACCUUGAGAUUGUAACCAUCGCGAGAGGAAGCAAGUGCAGCUCUCCCAUUGAGUUUGUGAAGAUAUUAUUUGGAAAAGGUGGAAAGCCGGGGCUGAAUCUGGGUCGACGAGCUUGGUUGUGUGUUUGGCUUCAAAUUAUGGCGUCCUGGACGGGUAUUACGGCUGUUACUGCCUAUUCUCCGACAUUGCUUGCUCAGGCAGGUUAUGGUGAUAUAAAACAAAAUGGUCUUGCCGGGGGAAUUAACACAACUGGAAUCAUAGGUACUAUUAUCAGUGCUCAAAUUAUUGACCGCUUAGGCCGACGGGCCGGAGCUGUCUAUGAAGGCUCGUUGUAUCAGCCUGAAAAGGCAGCUCAAUAUGCACCUGGUGCUGUGGUUAUGCUCUUUUUGUUCAACUUGGGUUAUGCUGCCACCUGGGGCACAGUUGCUUUCUUGGUCCCCACUGAGAUCUUCCCUAGUGAUCUGCGAGCCCAAGGAAAUGGAUUCGGGAUUACAGGGUGGGCCAUUGGAGUGGGUAUGACCACAUUAGUCAACCCUAUCAUGUUUGAUGUCCUGGCUAGCCGUACAUACUUUUUGUUUGCUGCCCUUAACCUCAUCUGGAUCCCGAUCGUCUAUCUAUUCUAUCCGGAAACUAGCAACCGGUCUCUUGAGUCGAUUGGCGCUCUUUUCUCGAUUUCCAGUCCAUUCUACUGGAAGAUGGAACAGGCCUAUAAGCUCCACGGCGAUGUUCUCGCCGAACACGGAGUCAACAAGAUUGAGACUCUCAGUGGUAGUAAGACUGAGCUGAGAACCGAGCUGACAAUUACCCCUGCUGAACUUGCAACUGUAUAA